AUGCUAAACAAUGCAAAGGAGCAGCUGACGAAGGCAGAGGCUGCAUUGGUGAAGUUAGAAAAAGGACAGAAAUUGGCAGCAUUGGAGGAGAAGAUUUUAGUAAAAGGCAACACAGACAUGUUGAUAACUGUUUUGAAGUCACUACAACAGAAAAAGGCAGAAUAA